AUGCAUCUCAAGACCGAGUUUUUCUGUUUGUCUAACAUCCCUGCAUCUGAGUCCGACGCACUCGGAGAUGAAAUCCAGAGCUGGGGUAUCAUUGACGAGUUUAUCAGCUCUGCAACUAUUCGUCAGAGGAAGCCAGACAUGACCGCUUACGAAGAAUGCUUGAAGAUUGUCAAGGCUCCUGCAUCCUCUUGCAUCUUUGCCGAUGACAAGGCUGAGAAUGUUGUUGCUGCUCAAGCCCUUGGUUUCAAGGGCAUCUUGUUCAGUGAUACUGAUACUCUCGUCAGGGAUCUUCACAACCUCGUUGGGGAUCCUGUUGCACGCGCAAAAGUAUUUCUUGAAGACGGAGUAAAGAGCCUCUUCUGCCCAAUGAGCGCCGGCCAUGUGCUGCUGGAUAAUUACUCUCAACUAAUCAUUCUUCAAAACACUGGAGUCCGGGAUCUGCUCGUGCCAGAGAGCAAGGGGGACGCUUGGAACUAUUUUCAGCAUGGAUCGUCAGUACUGACGAACACAGUCAACCCCGAUGACUCUGACACUACAUCUCUGGCAAUCGCAGUCUUGGACAAUGCUCCAACGGCUGCGAAGCUCGAGACCAGAGAUGAGAUACUCUCAAACUUGAACUCGGACGGUUUGCCUCUCUGUUGGUUUAGCAAAAGCCGUCCUCAAUUUUGCCACUGCAUCUGCGCCAGCGUUUUCCGCUUCUUCGUCAUCAACGACUGGGGUGAAGAGCUUCCCAGGGUUGAUGAUUUUGUCUGCCGUCUACUGGAAACCCGAGCCUACCUCCACGGAAGUCACUACUAUAAAAACCCUGAUUGGUUCCUCUAUAUACUCUGUGACCUCUGCGAGAGGCGUCCUUCGGACUCACAGCUUCAGCGUAUGAGAGAGUUGCUCGUUGGUGCUGUCAUGAGAUUGCUGAAUGCGCAACAUCUUGGUUUUCAGAAUGUGAGAGAUUUGAAGAUCGUGCUUGGUGGGCAGCAAGUUGACGGCGGAUGGGAGUUGGCAUGGCCAUGGGAGUAUGGUGCUGAGCCGCAUCACAUUGGAAGUCGGGGAGUUUUGACAGCCAUGGCUCUGAACGCGAUUCAGCGGGUGGAUUUGUUUUCCAAGGAGACUGUUAUCCCAUAG